CCGCCCCCCCAGCCCACAAGCCCCCAGACCCCCCCCCCCAGCACCCCAGCAAGGGGCCCCGCCCCCAGCCCCCCCCCGGGCAGCACCCCCCCAAGGGGGAGCCCCCCCAAAAGAACCCCCCCAGCCCAGGCCACCCCACCCAGCAGGCCCAGAAACCCAGACCCCCCAGCCAACCAGCCCAGCAACAGCACCCAGCCCCACCACACGGGCCACAGAAAAACCCAAAAAGGGGCCCCCAACAGACCCCGACCCCCAGGCCCCCCAACCCCAAACCCAGAAGAAGCCCCCACCCACCCACCCCCAGACCCCAACCAGGGGCAGCGGGGACCACCCCAACCCCCCACACACCCCCCAAGCCAAAGGCAGAGAAGGGGACAGCCGGGCACACCCCCAACCCCCCCAGAAGCCCACCACCCCCAGCCCACCCCCCAACAGAAACCCCCACCAACAGAAAACCACACCCAGCCCACCACCAGCCCCCCACACAG